GUGCAUUUCUUCUAUGUUUGUUUCUAAGUUUGUUUUUUAAGUUGAAGGGAUAGAACAUGUGACAUUACAUUUUCUAUUACUUAUUAUCUAUGUUUGCCUUCGUGUGUACAAGGAUGUGCCUUGUUUCCGGUAGGGCUAGUUCAAUGCUUCAAAGUCACUCCAGAAAAGACAACUUCAUAAUUUGAUAGUUCUUAGAAGUACUAAUCGAUGAGCAUCUUCUUUCUUCCAACAAGGGCAACUCGUAACAAUUAAGAGCUGGCAUUGAGCUCAGCUGCAAGUACAGUAACCACUAAUGGCAGAAGAACACCGAAAAGAGCACAGCAGUGAAGAGACAGCCCGCCUGCAAAUUCCCACAGGAAAGGUGAAGAAGAUCAUGAAGCUCGACAAGGAUGUCAAGAAGGUCAAUCCAGAAGCUCUGUUUCUCAUCUCCACAUCCACUGAGCUCUUCCUCAAACUCCUUGCUGAGAAAUGUGUCGAAGUCGCAGUCCAGAAGAAGAGGAAAACAGUAAAUCUAGAGAUCUUAAUGGCUGGCGUGAAAAGGCACCGGCCCACCAGUGGCUUUCUCCUAGACUCUCUGCCGCAGCCUUCUGAACCAGCCCACAGACCACCGAAAGGAAGCCGCAAUCGCACCAAAGAUAAGCCAGUCUCUGCCGGGACUCGAAAAAUCGAUGCUUUCUUUCUGAAAUGUACUUAGGGGUGAUUGGUUGAUGUUGCAAUAACUGUUUUGAGGACGUUUGAAUAUGAAAUUAAAGAGAAAUUUCAAUCAAUUUGUUUUUGAGAAAAUCACAUACAUGUAUGAUUAGGUAUGUACCAUUUUUUAGUUUUUUUUUUUAAUUUUGAGAGGGGAAACUAUCAUGCAGUAGUACUCAUGUUUCAAUAGAUAGAAAUCGUUUAA